CCCAUAAUUCUGAAAGGGAAACCUCAUAUCCUCAGGAGAUUCCCAUGCUCUUCCGAAGGAGACCCCUCUUUUCCUGAGGAGAUUCCCCCAAUUCUGAGGAUAGAUCUGUCAGUAUGAAGGAGAGUCCUCUUCCUUGAGCAGAUUCUCCCCAGUUUGGAGCCGAGACCCCUAUACUGAAGAGAGAGCGAUCAGUUCUGAAGAGAAAACUCUUGCUUUGAAAAGAAUUGAGAAUCGUUUUUGAGAGAGAGCCCUCAAAUCUGAGUGUGAUGCCCUUCCCUAAGUGAUACGGCAUCCCACAUUUCUGAGGCAGAGUCCCCCGAUCUUGAAGUGAAGACACCCCUUCUGAACUAAAUCCCCACUUUGGAAGGGUAGACCACCAUUCUGAAGGAAGGAAAAGUCCUUUAUUCUGAAAAACUGUCUACCAUUUUGGGGAGAUUCAUUAAGAAGAGGUAUCCCUCAUUUCUGUGGGGGAAGACCCCAUUCUGAAGAGAUACCCUCAGUUCUGUGGUUAGGUCAUCUGAGUCUGAGUGAAGGGAAGACCAGUGCCUUCUGCCCCCAAAGAGAAAAGGGCCAACAUGUAUGUGCCCGACAGCCUCCAUGACCUGGCCGAUAGUGAAGUGGUCCAGUUUGUGAAGAAGCCAAAGACUGUAUCCCGGAUCUUUGCUGGGGUCUUCUCGCUCAUUGUUUUUGCCACGCUGCUUACUGACGGCUACCAGAACCUGACCAGCUCUUCGCAGCUGCACUGUGUCCUCAAUGACAACAGAGUGGCCUGCAGCUUCGCAGUGGUCACUGGCCUCCUGGCAUUCCUGGGCUGCCUGCUCUUCCUCACCCUGGACAGCCUGGCAGCCCGCAUCACCAGCACCCGCCUGAAGACCACAGUCUUGCUGCUGGAUUUCUCACUCUCUGUCAUCUGGGUUGGAGUCUGGUUUGUGGGCUUUUGUUUCCUGGCCAACCAGUGGCAGCGCUCACCGCCUCACCACUACCUUCUGGGCAACAGCAGCGCCAAGGCAGCCAUUGCCUUCUCCUUCUUCUCCAUCCCUGUCUGGAUGGCCCUGGCCUACCUGGCACUCCAGGACCUCCGUAGUGACUCACCCGUCCCCUACAAGCGCUCCCUGGAUGAGGGUGGCGUGGCCCUGACGACCCUCUCUUCUGGCACCACCACCAACAUGGGACCCAGCAGCCUGGGCUACCCCAGCUCCAUCCCGCCCCCAUAUCCAACCACUCCCAAGGCGGCUCGCCUUGCCAUGAUGAAUGACAACUGAGGUGGCUGUCCUGAUCUCCCUCAGUUAUUAAAGAAACUUUCUCUUCCUCCCACGGAGGUGUUUGG